AAAAUGUUUUUCCUUGUUUUAGAGCCCAAAUCCUUUUGAGACAGAAGAUUAUGAAGGACAGUCCAGAAAUUUGGAGCCUGUGUUCAAUUUUGAAUGCUCUUCACGCCCUGAGUUGCCAUCUAGUGCUCCCAUUGAUAUUCCUGAUGCCAAAAAGAGAACAAAGAAGAAAAAGCGAUGCAGAGCAACAGACAGCUUUUCUGGACGAUUUGAAGACAUGUACCAGCUGCAAGAUGAGGUUCUUGGUGAAGGAGCAUAUGCCAGAGUCCAAAGCUGCAUUAACCUAAUCACCAACAAGGAGUAUGCUGUGAAGAUCAUAGAAAAGAGACCUGGUCAUAGCAGAAACAGAGUUUUUUAGAGAGGUUGAAAUGCUCUAUCAGUGUCAAGGUCACAGCAAUGUCCUUGAACUAAUUGAGUUCUUUGAGGAGGAAGAAAAAUUCUUCUUGGUGUUUGAGAAGAUGUAUGGUGGGUCAAUACUAAAUCACAUUCACCAAAGGAGACAUUUCAAUGAAAGGGAAGCCAGUUUUGUUGUGAGAGAUAUUGCUGAAGCCUUGAACUACUUGCAUAACAAAGGUAUUGCACAUCGGGAUCUGAAACCUGAAAAUAUCCUGUGUGAAUGUCCACAUCAGGUAUCACCGGUGAAGAUCUGCGAUUUUGACCUUGGUAGUGGAAUCAAACUUAACAGUGACUGUUCACCUAUAUCCACCCCAGAACUUUUGACUCCGUGUGGGUCAGCAGAGUACAUGGCUCCUGAAGUAGUCGAGGCAUUUAAUGAAGAAGCAUCAAUAUAUGACAAGCGCUGUGACUUGUGGAGUCUUGGAGUAAUCUUGUACAUCAUGCUGAGUGGCUAUCCACCAUUUGUAGGGCGUUGUGGCAGUGACUGUGGUUGGGAUAGAGGAGAGGCCUGCCCAGCUUGUCAGAACAUGCUGUUUGUAAGUAUUCAGGAAGGAAAGUAUGAAUUUCCAGAAAAAGACUGGGCUCGCAUUUCAUCUGGUGCCAAAGAUCUGAUCUCCAAAUUGCUACUUCGAGAUGCAAAAAAGAGACUAAGUGCAGCACAGGUGUUACAACACCCAUGGGUACAGGGGUGUGCACCAGAUAAUACACUCCCCACCCCAAGUAUACUUCAAAGGAACAGUAGUGCCAAAGACCUGACCUCAUUUGCUGCAGAAGCUAUAGCAAUGAAUCGUCAGUUAAUGGAGCAAGAAGAGGAGCAGCAAAUAGCAGACUCUUCUGCGGCAUGUCCCACUGUGGUGAAAGUUACGUCUGGCUCCAUGCACCUCUCCCCUCCUUCUGAUUCUAUGUUGGCCAAGAGGCGACAGCAAGGGAAGCAUUUCUCCUCAAAGUAUAGCACUUCUUCUUAUUGUCAGUGA